UGUAGCAGACAGGCACGCAUUAUUAACUCCACAGCACGCACUACAACACGUCGUGCUCCUCUCCUUUCACUUCCACUGUAGCAUCCUCCUUUUUUUUCCCCCCCGUAACAGGACGAGCGAUCCUUUGCGGUGCUGCAUCGGAGCUUCAUGGCCGCGACACUCGCGAUGAGCAGCGGCGGCUGCGGCGCGCAGGAGGAUCCCUUCUACCCGCUGCAGAAGGCGACUCUGCCCGCUGGAUUCCCUCUGGAGGACUCGGCGUUGUUCGGCUUGGACUGCAAGAUCACAGAAACGGACAAGACCGGACACAAUGACUACGCACAGGCAAAGUAUGAGAUGGACAGGUAUCUCUCCCCUCAGUCCCUUUCCCUUCCACCUCAUGCAGACAGCCAGCAGAAGUCACAGAGAGACAGUUCGUCUUCGCUGGAUCAGUUCUUCACUGGCGGCGACCACACUGGGGCUCCCUACACCCUCAACAUGAAUCUUUACUUCCCUGACGCUGCCUACCUGAGGAUGGGCUUGUGUCAGCAGGUGCGGCCGCCUCAGCAGCAGAACCACAUAGGUCUCACCCAAAUCAAAACAGAAUCUGUCUCCCCGUGUUUCUCCCCCAACAUACAGCUGCACUGCCCCAACACGACGGCCACUAGUAGCUGCAGCACAUCUGGGCAUGGCCCCAGUAUUGCCAUGGAAACCUCAGCCAUAAACAUGACGUUAACAGGGUUACCGGACUUCACCAGUGUUUUCAACCAGUCGGGAGGCGGCCGCGGUGGCGAUCCAGUGCCAGAAGUGUUCAUUAAACAGGAAAUGUCACCGCAGUUCGAGCAGCAUACUCUCCACCACCAUGACAACAGCGGCUCGCUUUUUCAGCUACUCAACUCUGGCUUGGACCAUCACCAUGGCAAUGAUAUGGAGGCACAUCAGCAUCAUCAUCAUCAUCAUCACCAUCAUCAGCAGAUACAACACACUUCCACUUCCACAAUCCACACGCCUUUCCAUGACUUGCCGGUAGCUUCUUCCACAUCUCAACAAGAGCAAACUGCCAAGCCUGCCUAUUGUGGCCUGAGUGGCAGGGCGUACACACAUCCUCAUGCUCAGGCACACCCUCAUUUCCUUCAACAGCAGGUGCCCUACCUGCCGCCCUCUCCGCCAAGCUCUGAGCCAGGCAGCCCCGACAGACAGAAGGAGCUGCUCCAUACGAUGUCUCCUCCUCCCUCAUAUGCAGCAACCAUCGCCUCCAAGAUGGCAGGUAGCACUCCUGGAAUCGGGCCGGGUCCGGGAACAGGCAGCUUAGCAAUGCCCAUCACUACAGGUCCCACUCCGGUCCCAGGCCAAGCCGCAGGCCUUCCCCAGGCACCUGCAACAACCCCAACCCCAGCUCAGACCACCAUGUCUGCCCGCUACAACCGGAGGAACAACCCGGAUUUGGAGAAGAGACGGAUCCACCACUGUGAUUACCCAGGCUGCAAGAAGGUCUACACCAAGUCGUCCCAUCUGAAAGCCCACCUCAGGACUCACACGGGUGAGAAGCCAUACAGGUGCACGUGGGACAGCUGCGACUGGCGCUUCGCUCGUUCGGACGAGCUGACGCGCCAUUUCCGAAAGCACACGGGCGCCAAACCCUUCCAGUGCGCCGUCUGCUCGCGCUCCUUUUCCAGAUCCGACCACCUCGCUCUGCACAUGAAGAGACACCAGAACUAGCAGCUUCCCCCCCCCCACCC